AUGACGCCUGAAGAAUCGCUCAACCUGAUCAAAGCUAAUCUGGUUGAGAUUCUCAACCCCGAGAUUUUCGACGAUGUUGUCCUCAAACAGAAUCGACCACUAGAGAUCUAUUGGGGCACUGCGACCACCGGAAAACCACACUGCGGCUAUUUUGUACCAAUGGUCAAUAUCGCAGAGCUUCUUGAGGCGGGAUGUCGUGUCAAGAUACUCAUCUCUGAUGUCCGUGGAUCCCUCGACAGCUCCAGCUUGUCAUUCGAGCUUAUCGCUCCCCGGUGUGACUACUACCAGUUUGUGAUUAAAAGCCUCCUACGAGCUAUCGGCGUUAACAUCGACCGACUAGAAUUCGUUAUCGGCAGCUCAUUUCAAUGGGGUAAAGAGUAUACCAUAGACUGCAGAAAGCUGGAGACUACCACAAAGCUCUCAGCUGCGCGCAAAGCAGGCGCAGAGGUGGUAAAACAAGGCGAUGACCCUACCCUCAGUGGCCUGAACUACCCGAUCAUGCAGGCGCUGGGCGAGGAGUAUCUUCAAGUCGACGCAGAGCUCGGUGGUGUUGACCAACGAAAGAUCUUCACAUUUGCACUGGAAAAUCUACCCAAGGUCGGAUGCAAGAAGUGA